GGGGGUUUUUUUUUCUCCAUUUCUUUGCCUCGUGUAGAAGAGAUUACAGCUGUUCUUUCUUUUCUGAUUAAAAUUGCAUUAUUGAUUUACUGGAGCUGUGUUUGACUUCAUUCUUGGUUUGGUUUCUGCUGUGUACUUCCGUGGCUGAUGAGGUUUGGAAGGGAUUCAUCUUUGGUUGCUGCUAUGUCUGAGAGUGGCUGGUUCGGUGAUAGUUUAUUGGGGUUUGGUGGAUUUAGAAAUCAGUGUGUUUUGUUUAAUGUGCAAGAUAUUUUGAGGUUAUGGCUAGACGAGCAACCAAAGUUUGUGUUCCUUUUCAGCCUCUUUUGGAAAAGAUUGUUAAUUGGCUUCAGUUUCCACCUCCAGUCUAUGGAUUCAUAGAUAUUGCUAAGAACAAUGCCUUUGUACGUGUUAAUCGGCCAAAUUCACGAGCAAAAUUUCUUUUUUAUGGUGGGGAUGCCACUUCAGUAGAAGAGUCUCGCGAGAGAGCAGCUCACAAGGCUGUCAAAAGAUUGAUUGUCUGUUUAAUGUCCGAGUAGAUGAUUUCACGCACGAACGUCUAAAGAUGUAUCGUCUUUGUGUCAAGCUAUAUAAGAAUAGAUGUGCUGAAUUGGUACAAGAGAGGGCAGACCUGAGUUGUAUACAUGCAGACUGUAUUUCAAGAGAGAAUGCAUCAUUUCAUGAUAUUCAUGUUUCAGUUGAUUUUGUACAAUUCUUGGGUGUCUUAGUGAGGAAAACUGGUGUAAUUGCAACUACUAUAGAGACUACUAUGGUACAAGGACAUGGCUAUAUUUCUUGGCUGAUGGUAACAUGUCCUCAUAACAACAUUGGCAUGGAGUGUAUUUUUAGUGACCCCUGUCCAGAAGCAGUUACAGCUGAACAAAGAGUUGUAAGGAAAGCAUCUUUUUUCAUAGAUUCUCGAUUAAACCUGGAAAUAGUUGAUGGCAAUUAUGGUGAUGCUGCAAAGCUCGGUGCUAAAUGUUCUUUGAUUCGGGAAAAGUUUAUGAUUCUGAAAGGCCAUCUUGAAUGUUUAGAAAGGAGUUCUAAACAGGAUGAAUUUUCUACUGGUUUAGGGAGUGAGAUCUAUAUGACACCAACUGAUGAAGGAUCACAAAUUUCGGUUCUUUCGCUCCCACCAAAUUGUCCAAUUAAGCGUAGGGUUGGAGUGGAAGAAUGCUCUAAAAAUGCUAAAGAAGUAGAAGCUUCAGACUGCCUUGUUACUAAUGUGCCAGAUUUAGAAGCUGUAUUUAAGCGUGCUAGGGUUGAUUAGUCAUGUGUUAUUAAAGUAUGCUUAUUUUGGACUCUAAGUUUAAGGGCUUGUACUCACUCAGUAGGUUUGUUUUAUGUAGUGGUAAUAUUAGCAUGCAGUUAGUGCUUAUUUAUUAAUUAGUAAUGUCUAAGAAACAAGUUGUGGGUGCUGCUUUCUUUUCUUAUGCACUUCUUUUGAUGUAAUAAUAUUCGGAUAAUAUAUAUAUAUAUUUGUGUGUGUGUGUCUGUU